AUGAGUAUUACACAUUGUAUAUUCGAUUUGGAUGGUCUAUUAUUAGAUACAGAAUCAAUAUAUACUGAAUGUUUACAAAAAUUAUGUGCACCAUAUGGAAAGAAUUUUAGUACAGAAACAAAAGUUCACAUGAUGGGAAAAUCAUCAUUAGAAGUAGGACAAAUUUUAAUACGAGAAUUAGAUUUACCGAUGACUGAUGAUGAAUUUUUAAUGAAAUCAUAUGAAUUUUAUCAAGAAGCAUUUCCAUCAGCUGAACUUUUACCUGGAGCUGAACGUCUUAUUCAACAUUUAGCAGCUCAUAAUAUUCCAAUAGCAAUUGGUACUGGUUCUUCAUAUGAAUUAUAUAUGUUAAAAACAAGUGGUCAUCGUGAAUUGUUUAAUUUAUUCGAUCCAGUUGUUUGUACGGAUGCAACUGAAAUACGUUUAACAAAACCUGAACCAGAUGUAUUUUUAGCGUGUGCAGAAAAAUUUCCUAAUCCACCAUUAUCUAUGAGUCAAUGUUUAGUAUUUGAAGAUGGAGAAAAUGGUGUACAAGCUGCACUUGCUGCUGGAAUGAAAGUUAUACUUGUACCAAGUUUACCAUUAAGUACUUAUGAUCCAUUGGUUAUUGAACAUACUACACUUACAUUGGAGAGUCUUCUUAAAUUUAAUCCAGUCGAAUUCGUUAUUCCAUUAACAUAUGCAGCUAAUGCUAAUGUUAUUAUUGAUUAUAUCAAAGUUGGUGGUUGUAAUUCAACAAUUGUAGCUCGAGUUGGUGAUUAUUGUGAUCAUAUUGUGACAAUAACAAUUGUAGGAUCGAAUAGUUCAAGUCCUUCAACUGAUCUUAGUGUGGAAAUCAUCCUACUUGAUAAUACUACUUCUGUUAUGCAAAUGUCAAAACCUAGUAUAACAUAUGUCGGUAGAAAUUUUCUUAAUUCAGGAAAUCUUUAUCAACCAACAAUUACGAUGAUAUCACAACUGACUACGUCUCAAUUUGAUAAUGCUCGUAUUAAUUUUGGAACAGUUGUAAAUAGUGGUCUGGUUGCGCCAUAUAAUGAUACAGAAAGUACAAUUACAAUUUCUUUUCGUAGUCUUGUUAUUAGUAAUCCUAGUUAUCAAAUCAAUGGAGCUGAAUAUUGGGUAACUGUUGGUAUUGAAUAUAAUAAUGUUUCAGAAAUAUGGAUUGGUCAAUCAUUAUUCAAUUUUUCUAAUGCUGCGAAUAGUGGAUCAGGUCCUUUUACAAUUAGUACUAUCAGUAAUUCAAGUUUACAAAUUCCUCAAGGUUCACCAUUUGCAUUAUCAAUUCCAAUUAAUUAUAAUAAUACAUAUGCAUCAAAUUUUGUUUUUACAAUUACAAAUAAUAAUCCAUCACAAUUAGGACUUUGUUCAGCAUAUGUUCAAAGUGCAUCUUCUGGUUUUGCACAUUUACCAACGUUAGGUUAUGAAAUAUCACAAAUUUUGACAACUUCAUCAACUAAUAAUCAAAUUUCAAUUAGUCUUGGUCAAAUUGUUAAUACGCAAUCUUAUAGUGGUACAUCAUCAACACUUUAUAUAGUUGUUUAUGGACGUAUAUUUAAAACUGACAGUAGUAGUUCAUAUAUAGCUGGUACAAUGACUGCUCAAGUAAGCACAACAGCAAAUCCAACAGUGACACAAACUUUUACCAUCUAUGCAAUACCAACCGUUAUAGCUUAUCCUUUAAAUGGUUCAUUACCAACAUUAUCUCUUUCACAACAAACAAAUGUUGUUGGCAUUUAUCAAACAUUACAACUCACAGUAACAAUAGUUCUCCCUGCUAGUUUUUCUGCACCAGUUGUUAUUGAUUUACAUAAUUCAUUAAACGCAUCAAUAUUAAAUUUAAAACCAUGUACAGUUAUAUUUCAAUCAGCUGGUGAAAAUGUUGGUAGUUCAAAUCCUCAAUGUGUUGAUCAAAAUUUAUCAAGAUUUACUUAUACAUCAAGUACAAAUUCAACUAUUUAUGAUCAAUUAUCAUAUGAUUAUGGUGUCAUGUCAAAUAUGGAUACACGUUCAACAAUUUAUUCUUCUACAGUUAAUACAAUUGUUUUUAAUGCAAUUUUUCAAGUAUUAAAUACAACAGCAAGUAUUGUUUGGCCAACUAUUAUUGUUACAUUUGGAAAUAAUACAAUCUGGAUUGGUAAUGCAAAUAUCAAUGUCACAACAAUAAAUUAUAAUAUAACAAAUGCAACUCAACCAACUUUUGCAUUAUCAUAUGAAAAUAAUACUACAACUAAUCAAUCAACUACAAUUUUAGGAUAUACACGUUUAUUUUAUUAUGAUAUAUUUACAAAACCAACUGGUAUUUAUACACCAAUGAUAUUAAGAAUAAAAACAAAUGAAACAUCAUUUGGUAGUGGAAUACCAGCUGCAAGUAUUUGUCGUGUAAAAAUUUUAUAUGUUGGAUCAAAUCUUCCAUGUCUAAUGCAAACACUUUAUAAUCAAGAUAAUUCACCAUUUAUUACUUAUUCAUCAAGAUAUAAUCAACGUAAAAAUGAUACUGUUUACAUACAAUUUGGUCCAUUAUGUAAUUAUCAAACAACACAAAAUAAUGUUAAUCUUGGUCAAAUUCGUGUUGGUGUUUAUGUCAAAAUUGAAUCAUCAUUAGGUGAUGGACAGAGUACUUAUGUCAAUCUAGAUGUUUAUUAUACAUCAUCAAAUCUUUGGAUUGGACAAAUACUUUUUACAGGAUAUCAAACAGUUAGUCCACCAAAUGUUAUAGGAACACCUUUAAUAUUUCCACUUAAUUCAACAACACAAUUAUUUAAUAGAAAUUCAUUAACAAUUGUUAAUUAUGGUUUAAAAGUUCCAGUUGCUUCAAUUGGAACUUAUUCAUCAUUGAAUAGUGCUAUUAUUAAUGAAGUUAAUCAACAAACAAGUGUAUGUCGUAUUGAUAUAUCACUAAAUCGUGGUAGUAAUGUUCCAUGUUCAAAUGAUGUAUCAUCUGUAUUUACUUAUAAUUCAAAUGGAUAUUCUUCAAUAGCAACAACAAAUCUUGGAAUAAUUUGCAGUAUAGCUUCAAAUUCUUCGACAUUGAAUUCAUCAUUAUCAAUUGAUUCUGAUACAUUGAUUAUUCAAGUUUUUCUUCUUGCUACGUUACAAACAAGUUCAACAUUUGAUUUAACUCUAUCAAAUUUAAUACCAUCUGGUCAAGCAGCAUUAGGAACAUUAACAUCAACAUUUAAUAGUGGUUUAACAAGUAACUUUGGAAAUAUAUCGUCGAUAAAUCCAUUAAAUGUAACAAAUUAUAAACAAUUAAAUGAUACGAAUAAUAAUUCAUUAGUUUAUCUUGGUCAAGAUGUAUUAAUACGUACACAAUUUAUACUUGCUUAUAAUUUAAGCAGUCAAUCGUGUUAUCCAUUAUCAUUUGUAUUCAGUUUUACAUCAUCAAAUAUUGAUGCAGCUUAUUUUACUAAUGCAUUUUUUAUUAGUGCUGGUGACAAUUUAAUGUGUAUGCAAGCGAAAGCAAUACCAAUUCUUAGCAGUGGUGGUUCAACAUUAUAUAAUACUUCAAUGUAUCUCGAUCUCGGUACAGUUUGUUAUUAUCCAAUUGAUCCUAUGAAUAUAUCAGCAAGCACAUUAAUUAUUCAAAGUAAUGCUCGUGUACCAAUGACAACAACAGUUCCAGUAGGUAAUCCAAUAUCAAUAGAUAUAGCAGCAAUAAUUAAUAAUAAUCAAUCAAGUUUAAAUACAAGUAUUUCAUUAAUUGUAAAAAAUCAUACAACUUAUUCCGGUUUUACAUUAUUUUCAAAUGAUACAACAAAUGUACUUACUACGACAACAAAUUCAACCAUACAAAGUAGUAUACGUCAAAUAGUGACAUAUACAUUUAAAAUAUAUUUACCAACAUAUUCUCAAGGACGUUUACAAAUCUUUAUAGCUAGUACACAAAUGUCAAAUAGUGUUACAAUUAAUAUAAUUUCAGCUAAAAUACUUUCAGCUGGUAUUAAUGUUGGAUCAUUUAUGCAGGAAUAUAUACUUGGAAAUAAAUAUCAAUGGAUUUAUUCAUCAAGUGUAUUAGGUUCAAGUUAUCAAGAUACAGCUUAUCUUGAUUUAGGUGUUGUAACAAAUACAGGAACAUCGGCUAUGAAAAAUAUAUUUUCGAAUACAACAGAUAAUUUUAUUUUUAUUCAAGCAAAUGGAUAUUUAACAGAUAGUCCAUUAGCUGAAGAAAAUUUUGCAUUUAACGUUGUUUUAACUGCAAUUUAUGGAGGAAUUAAUGUUUCAAAUUCAUUUUCAAAUGUUGUCACUAGAGAUGGAACUGAACAACCAAUUAUGUUUGUUAAUCAUACUGAUAUUACUAGUGGAAUUUAUGGAAUAGGAUCAACAUAUACUGGUAUAAUUCAAUAUGGUCAUGAAAAUAAUUCUAAUGCUGAAUGUAUUAAUGCUCAAAUCAUAAUUUAUUUACCAACAUGGAUAUCAUUUCAAAGUUAUAAUUCAACAACUCCUGCAGUAAAUUAUACAACUGAUUAUAAUUCAUAUGUUCUAUUUAAUUUGGGCACACUUUUAUUCAAUGAUGUUGGUUCAUUAACAUUUACUCUUAAUAUUGGUACAUCAAAUCAGAUGGCUUUAGUUUAUCAAAGAUAUAAUUCACCAAGUAUUACAAUACCUUAUGAAUUAAUUUGUAUGAAACGUGCACGAACCAAUGUAGCAUAUUAUCCUGCAUCAAAAAGAUUUGCUUUUACUGAUAUUAUAUCGUUAUCAGCAUCAGUAGUAUCUGCUUUAACUUAUACAACUUUACUCGAUACAUUAGAUUCUUGUCAAUUUACAACAAGUGUUACUGGAUCAGAUGCAUCAUUAGUUCGAACAACUGGUUGGCAAACUGGCUAUCGAUCAAAUCAAUGGAUGUUAUCUGGUAGUACUUAUGUACAAAUUAAUUUCGGUAAUUUAAUAUUAAUUAAUCAAAUACAAUUAACUGUUCCAUCAUCAUUUGCAUCAAUUCUUUUUAUUCAACUUGGUUAUAGUUUGGAUGGAUAUAGUUUUGCUGUAGAUUCAACAAAAUAUUUCAUAAAUGGUAAUUCAUCAUAUAUAUUUCCAUUAUCAAAAUCAUUAUUAAUUCAAUAUUUACGUGUUUAUUUAAUGGAUGUUGUACAACCAAGUGAUUUAUUAAUAAAAACAUCAGGUUUUAUUCUUAAUAUAACUGGUAUAGUUAACUCAACGAAUGUAACUGUUGCAAAUGUUUGCCCUAGUAUAUCAAAUACACUUUCACCACGAACAGUACUUGUAGCACCUCCUGCACAAGCAGGUCUUGUUUAUUCAAAUGAUGUUUAUGUUUGUGAUGAAACAAUAACAAGAACAUCGAUUUUAUGUCAUGUACUUUUCAAUGGUGAUAUGACAGCAUCAGCUACAUGGACUGCUUUAAAUACAACUGUGGCAAAUAUUAAUUUAUUUGUAUAUGAUACUAUAGAACAAAUACAAUCUUUAUAUGGAUAUGCACAAGAUGGUGUAUCAAUAGUACGUAGUGAUGAUCGUGGUCUAACAUGGUUUGUAACUGAUUUUGCUGAAUAUUCAAAUAUCACAACACAAUGUAAUGCAAAUUUAAAAGUAUGUACAAUGAGUGAAUCGUAUCCAUUAAUGAAUGGUUCACCAGGUUAUUUACAAAUGCAAAGUGGUAUUGUAUCAUGGACAGCUUCAAUAAAUGGACUUUGGACACAACCAUCAAGUGGAACUUUAGUAUUUGAUUGGUUUGGAUAUUGA